AUGGAUGGAGGUAGUGGAGUUGAUAUGUUCAUCCUAAGCCCAAGGUGGUAACUGGCAGGCACCUGCAGCACCCUUUCCUUUUUGCCUUACUUUGAACCCUACAUCGUACUAGGUCAGCAGCGACGGCAGAGCCUGAGUGGAAAAGAUGGUUGUCGUAAGAAGGAGGAACGUGAAAAUGUUUACCUUUGCCUUUUUGCUCAUCACAGUAACGUCAUUUCUGCUGAACUACACGCACCAGGUGACCACGACCACCUUGGAUCCGAGACAUCUCAUCAUGCAGUUUUCCGAGCAAGUUCAAAAACUCUUCAAGUACCCCAGGAGACCGUGCAGCUGUCAGACAUGCAUUUCUGAGCUGGGACAUUCCCUCUGGUUCGAUCAGAGGUUUAAUUCAACUAUGCAACCUUUCCUGACCUCACAAAAUGCCUUGAUCCCAGAAGACAGCUACAGGUGGUGGCUGAAAUUGCAAGGGGAGAAAACUCCGAAGAAUAUUAAUGCUACUCUCAAGGAAUUGUUUGAGAUCAUUCCUGGGGAUGGAGAUCCGCUGCAGGAGCGAGGCACUUCCACGUGCAGACGAUGUGCUGUCGUGGGCAACUCCGGGAACCUUCGGCAGUCUCGGUAUGGCCAAGAUAUUGACUCCCAUGACUUUGUGCUCAGAAUGAACCGUGCCCCCACUGCUGGCUAUGAAUCAGAUGUUGGGAGCAAGACCACUCACCAGUUUGUUUACCCCGAGAGCUACAAAGAGCUGGCAGAAAAUGUGAGCAUGAUCCUGAUCCCCUUCAAAACCCUGGACCUGCGCUGGAUUGUCACCGCUCUCACCACAGGCACCAUCAACUUCACAUAUGUUCCAGUUCCACGGAAAAUCAAAGUCAAAAAAGAAAAGAUCCUGGUUUAUAAUCCUGAUUUCAUGAAAUACGUCUAUGAAAACUGGCUCCAGCAUCAUGGGAGAUACCCCUCCACAGGCCUUCUGUCUUUGAUAUUUGCACUCCACGUAUGCGAUGAGGUGAACGUGUACGGUUUUGGAGCAGACAGCAAAGGACACUGGCACCACUACUGGGAAAACAACGCUUCAGCUGGGGCUUUCCGGAAGACAGGUGUCCACGAUGGGGAUUUUGAGUUCAAUGUAACUUUGACUCUUGCCUCCAUUGAAAAAAUAAAUUUUUUCAAGGGCAGAUGACCCUGGCCACGGGGAGAAGUUGGAGGCUGCGAUUUCCAACAUGCAGCAGAACAAAGCUCAGUGAAGACGGCCUGGGCGCCAGCCAGGUUUGAAUGCGCGAAUCUGCGGUGGAUUCGGAGUGUCUCACUGCUGCAAUGCUCAUCGCAGGGAGCUCGGCCAAGGACCAGCUUCCACGCUGCACGUGAUUUCUUAUCUACAGAUAGCUGGGAACUACCAAUCAGUUGUGGGAAUAAAUGAAUCUUUGCUUAGGCUCUACAGCUUGAUUCUUGAAUUACUGAUGAAAGAUCUGCCUGUUGCAAUUAGGGGAAACCUGGGCACAGGGACUGCUGUUUGUGUGUCCAUUCUUUCCUCGAGGAAGGCAGGAGAUCCUUGAAGAAGAGUUGAAAAUUACUUCUGGGACUUGAGACCCACUAGGGCAGCUGUGAACAUCAUAGUAAGGAUUACCUCAAAGAAAUGAAUUCACUUCUGCUGUUGAUCUUCUUUUGAACUGUCUCUUCAGUUUCCUUUGUUACUUCUGGUUUCAUGCUGUAUUAAGCAGAAACAUGAUGAAGUUGCCUGGAGUAGUAAAUUUUUCAGCCAUUGCCUCAUUCUGCAUUGAUAGCAUCUAGAAAAUAUGGAUCGAAUCAUCUCUGAUCAUAUAUUAUUUAAUAUUGCUUCCUAUACAGCCAUA